AUGUCAACUGAGUUAACAUUUAAUGGGGGAUGUUUAGACGCAUCCGUGAAUCAGACGGAGUACACCAUUAAUUACGUCCCCUUUUUGGUUCUGACAGGUGUGAGUAGUUCCUUGUCGUUACUGGGAUCCGUCUUUAUAUUUCUCAGUUACUAUAGAAACAAUGAGAGGAGCUUCAAUUUUCGUCUACUGGUAUUUCUAACAAUUGCAGACUUCUUCAACGCUUUUGGAAAUCUGCUCGGAGUUAUUCGGUAUUCUGUUGUUGAUCCUGUGAUCACUAACGAUAAUACUUGUGAUUCAGACAAUCUUUGUGUCAGUCAGAGUUUCAUUACCGUCUUUUCUAGUCUAGCCUCAUUCUGGUGGACUGUCUUUAUAGCUCUAAACCAUUUCCUGCACCAACGAGAAAGCAGGUGUCUAGAAAAACCUCCGAUUCAAGUUUUCUGUCAUUUAUGUGGAUGGAUAUGCCCUGUUACCAUAGCUAUUGUUUCCUUACACUACGAUGUUCUGGGAGAAGGUUUAUCGGCCAGUAGCGGCCCCUGGUGUUGGAUCAAGGACUGUAACCUCACCUCAGCAAGUUCUUCCGUCUGGAUGGCGAUAACGGGGAAAGGCUGGGAAAUAACCACUUAUUGCGUUACUUUUGCUUUCUACAUGCUGCUGAAAUUUCAAAAAUGCCGUUCUCAUAACAUGCAGAAGAAAGAACUACUUGUACGAAAGUCAAGUUCCAUUUUAUCUUACCAGUCAAUAUCGCCAGAGGAUACAAACAGAUAUUCCAUAAACCAAGAAACACAAGAGGAAGAAGAGUUUGGUUUAUUAUGGGUUUUCCUCUAUAUGUACCUCACAAGACUUUGGGGAACUGUUAGAUACUUUAUAUUUGUCGGCCACAAUGGAUCUACAUAUAUAUCUUUCUUCGACAAAGCUGAUGAUGGCUUAAUGUAUCUGCAAAGCAUAGGAGACAGCGCACAGGCGUUUGUGAAUUUCUUGGGGUUUGUUGUGUGGCCCAAGUUGAAGAGAAAAAAACGAGACAAUAGUGAUUCGACUACGAUUAUGCUGUGA